GGGAACGGAUGAGGAUUUAAGCCAGGGAGGGAAGGUGGAAGGGUGGGGGGUAUAAAGAAAGACUGGUACCAGGAAGAGUGCUGAGUCGGAGCGCAGAAGAGAGAGAAGAAGCUGUACACAGUACUGUAACACAGAUUCAACCAUGCUGUGGUUUCUGGUGCUCAACUGUGUGCUCUGCAUGGGAGGACACGCUGCAGUGGGACAGAGAGAUGGAGAAAUUAUCAGUCAGAUUAAAAUGACGAACCUUGCGCUGGCUGAGAUUAAAGAGCUUCUGAAACAAGAGAUAAAAGAAAUAGUUUUCAUGAAGAACACAGUGAUGGAGUGUGAAGCCUGUGGGAUGGGAGGAAUGCAGCCUCGUCCCUCCUGUGUGCCCAACCCCUGCCACCCAGGGGUGCAGUGUAAGGAGACACCUCAGGGUACAGAGUGUGGAUCCUGUCCUGAUGGUAUGGAGGGCAACGGUACCCACUGCACUGAUGUGGACGAGUGUACUGUGAUGCCGUGUCACAUGGGCGUGCGCUGCAUAAACACGUCCCCAGGUUUCCGGUGCGGUACCUGUCCUGCGGGAUACACCGGCCCCCAGGUCCAGGGCAUCGGCCUUGCCUACGCCACCAAAAACAAACAGAUGUGCAAAGAUAUCAAUGAGUGUGAAGGCCUCAACAAUGGCGGCUGUGUGGAGAACUCUGUCUGUAUGAACACCCCUGGCUCGUUCAGGUGUGGUCCCUGUAAGACGGGCUACGUUGGGGACCAGCGGCGUGGCUGUAAGCCGGAGAGAGCCUGUGGAAACGGCCAACCCAACCCCUGUCACGCCAGUGCUGAGUGCAUUGUCCAUCGAGAGGGUAAAAUUGAGUGUCAGUGCGGAGUGGGAUGGGCUGGCAAUGGCUACCUCUGCGGGGCUGACGUUGACAUCGAUGGUUUCCCCGAUGAGAAGCUGGCCUGUCCUGAGAUUAACUGCAACAAGGAUAAUUGUCUCACUGUUCCCAACUCUGGACAAGAAGAUGCUGACCUUGAUGGAAUUGGAGACGCCUGUGAUGAGGAUGCAGAUGGGGAUGGGAUCCUGAACAUGCAGGAUAACUGCGUGUUGGUGCCUAACGUGGACCAGAGGAACGUUGAUGAGGACGACUUUGGCGACGCCUGCGACAACUGUCGCGCCGUCAAAAACAACGACCAAAAAGACACAGAUGUAGACAAAUUCGGUGAUGAGUGUGAUGAAGACAUAGAUGGGGAUGGAAUCCUCAAUCAUCUGGAUAACUGCAAAAGGGUUCCCAACGCUGACCAGAAAGAUCGUGAUGGAGACAAAGUGGGAGACGCCUGUGACAGCUGUCCUUAUGUUCCAAACCCUGACCAGACGGAUGUGGACAAUGACUUGAUUGGAGACCCCUGUGACACCAACAAGGACAGUGACGGAGACGGUCACCAAGACUCCCGGGACAACUGUCCAGCCGUCAUCAACAGCUCCCAGCUGGACACCGACAAGGACGGCAUGGGAGAUGAGUGUGAUGAUGACGAUGACAACGAUGGCAUCCCAGACCUGCUGCCACCUGGUCCGGAUAACUGCCGUCUGAUCCCUAACCCUCUGCAGGAGGACUCUAACGGUGAUGGUGUGGGCAACAUAUGCGAGAAGGAUUUUGACAACGAUACUAUUGUUGACACCAUUGAUGUUUGUCCGGAAAAUGCUGAAGUCACCCUCACCGAUUUCAGGGAGUACCAGACCGUUGUUUUAGACCCGGAGGGAGAUGCACAGAUUGACCCCAACUGGGUGGUGCUGAACCAGGGAAGAGAGAUUGUGCAGACUAUGAACAGUGAUCCUGGGUUGGCUGUUGGUUACACAGCUUUCAGCGGUGUGGAUUUUGAAGGGACGUUUCAUGUUAACACAGUAACGGACGAUGACUACGCAGGAUUUAUCUUCGGGUACCAGGACAGCUCCAGUUUCUACGUAGUGAUGUGGAAGCAGGUGGAACAGAUCUACUGGCAGGCAAACCCAUUUAGAGCCGUUGCAGAACCAGGCAUCCAACUGAAGGCAGUCAAGUCAAACACGGGUCCAGGUGAAAACCUGAGGAAUGCCCUGUGGCACACCGGUGACACCAGUGACCAGGUCAAACUCCUGUGGAAAGAUUCUCGCAAUGAUGGCUGGAAGGACAAGACUUCUUACCGCUGGUUCCUCCAACACCGACCCGCAGACGGCUACAUCAGAGUUCGUUUCUUUGAGGGUCCUCAGAUGGUGGCGGACACAGGCGUCAUCAUAGACGCCACAAUGAGAGGAGGUCGACUGGGAGUCUUCUGCUUCUCCCAGGAGAACAUCAUCUGGGCCAACCUGCGUUAUCGCUGCAACGACACUCUUCCUGAAGACUUUGACACCUACAGAGACCAGCAGGUCCAGCUGGUGGCCUGAUGACAACAAACAAGCCCGGGGAAUUCUGGGAACCACUUUCUAAGCACAACUGGGAUCAGAAAGAAAAUCAACAAUUUGCCAUAAAGUCCAGCAAAAGUACUUGAAAGUUUUAACUUAAGACAGCCUGAAAAGUUCUUCAGAGUGGAGCCGUAAUUGUUUAACCCUUACCAAACAGAACUUUCUGUCACAUAUUACAUUUCAAUUUAUACUUUUGAAAAACUACUACAAAGAUUUAACUGUCACUAAUGAAUAAAUGUAGAUUUUGGUAAAUUAUGUGCAGUAUAUGCUUAAUCAAUAAUAAUGGAAUUUUAGCUGAUCAGACACAAUUAAAUGUUUAAUUUGA